CGGCUUUGCAUCGAAUUCACUUUCGGUUUCUAAAUAAUUGUUUACGCAGGAUAAAAUGGUUAAUUUAUGGAUGAAUUGUUACAGUUUGAUCUAACAUUUGAUUUUCACCGAAAAAAUGAGUUAGCCUACUUAAAGGACAAACCUGCCUUUAUGGAACUGGAUGAGCUGGAAUGUCACUUUACUUGGGUUUUGAAAAAAGAAGACACAAACAUCACAGAUCUUUUAACAAGACUGGAGCAGCGUCGUGACUUAAAUCUGGGGGAUGAGGCCGGGACCGCACACACACACAACUCUUUGGCAUACAUUAAGUAUCUCUUGGGUUCUAAUGGGGACGCCCUAACAAACUUGAAGAAAUCUGUGGAGCUCACUAAAGAUUUUUAUGGGGACAACUGUGAUGAGAAGCUCAUUGUUACUUAUGGAAAUUUUGCCUGGUUACACUUUCACAUGGAACAGUAUGCUGAAUGCCAAAGUUACCUGGAAAAACUGAAGGAGAUCAAAGAACAAAAACCACCCGUCUCUACUUCUGCUCUUCAUCCUGAAGUUCUUGGUGAGAAGGCCUGGGCCUUGUUUAAAUUUUCACGCAAAUACUACAGCAGAGCUCAGGAGUGUUUUAAAAAGGCAUUGGAGUUGGAGCCAGAAUACGGUCUCUGGAACGCUGGUUAUGCCAUUUUACUGUACAGGACAGAAACUGAAUGUGCGAGUCCAGAGGAUUCAUCUGCCUUAAAACAACUCAGACAAGCGAUAGAAACAAACCCUGAUAAUGAUGAACUGAAGCUACUUUUAGCUCUGAAACUCGCUGAAUUUAAGCUGUUUGAUGAGGCUGAGGAUCUGGUGGAAAGGGCUCUUGAGAUGUCUCCAGAUAGUCCACAUGUGAUUCGAUAUGUGGGGAAAUACCUGAGAAACUAUGGACCUAUAGACAGGUCUAUUAGCCUGUUAAAAAGAGCAUUGGAUGUUUCUCCAAAUUCAGCAUUCAUACACCAUCAGUUGGCUCUUUGCUAUAAAAAGAUAAAAGAAAAAUUCAGGGAGCAGCCUGAGUGUCAGAGAUUUCGUCAUUUAAGCAUCUCACAUUUUGAAAAGGCUAUCACUCUAAAGAGUGGGUUUAUCUAUGCAAUGACACAACUGGCAAUUCUCUACGGUGAGGACGGACAAAUCGAUCGGGCUGAAGAAGUGUUUGAAACAGCCUUGUUCAUAGCUAAGGAGAAAACUGAGGGACUACAACAUCUUUCCUUGUAUUAUGGGGAGUUCCAGCAGUACAGAAAAAGAUGUCAACAUCUGGCCAUCAAAUACUACAAGGACUGUUUACAAAUGGCACCUGAUACACGAGAUGGAAAGAAAAGUGCUAAAAAUCUUAGGAAGAUUGCUGACAAGCGCUUAUCUUAUAACACAAAUGACACAAGGGCUUUAGGGAUACUUGAAUUUAUUGAGCAGGUCACAGGUGAGAAACAAUUCACUGCAGAGGGCUGUGAGCAUCCUCUGGAAACUACAAGCUAAAAUUAAGUUUGGUACAAAAAACUAAUUUUUGUGGUUUAAGAUGUGUAUUAUUGGACACAUACAUAUUAGCUGCUAUUGUGUUUGUAGUUAGUGUGUUUCCUUUUGAGUUUCCAAGUGCAAGUGUACACUAAAGAUAGGUGAAGCUCAUACUGUAUAUAAUCAAGUCUAGUCAAGUCUGCUUUUAUUGUCAAUUCUUCCACAUGUACAGUACAUACAAACAGAGAAUUGAAAUUGAUUCUCUCCCUUGGUGCAAACAGAAAUCACUAACAGUAGAAUAUUUAAAUACAUAAUACAAUAUAAAGUACAACUAUACAAAUACAAAUAAAGAAAGAUAAGUAAAGCAGCAUGAGGCACAUGCUAUAUAAAAGUGCAAACCAGUAAACAAUGCAGGUGUAAUCUUAUAACAUAAUCAAUGUCAGUUUUCUCUCUAAAUAUCUACUGGCCUGACUUCUACAAUACCGUUUUAAAACGGCUACAUGAAAUCAUGCAUUAAUGUCUUUAAUCACACUGUAAAAAGUGAAAAGUUUGAUAAUUUUUUAUGUUAAUCCAACUUUUCACUUUUUACAGUGCAGUCUUAAACUAUAAAUUAAAACUGAAUAUCUUGAUCUAUGCAUUUGACUGUAAAUAACAUUUUAAUAAUAUAACAUCUUUAGGAAUUCAGUUCUAUUUUUUUGUUUCACACAAAUUAAUAUAAAUAAAAAAAUACAUAUAUCAUAAGAUGAAGAAAAACAACAAGUUUAUUCAGCAUGGACAAGUGGUCUGCUUUAAGCUGAAAACUGGUUGUUUAAAAAUAUGUGGUCAAGAAAAUAAGAUGGCCAGCUAGAAUUUCACAUACAGAAAAAUCUUUCUAAAAAGAUUUAAAGUGAUGCAGAAUACAGUUGUACAGUAUAUAAUGUGUUCAAUGUGGACUUGAAUGUUUUCUACCUUAACAACAUAAACAAACAUAAGUGUUUACUUUUUACAUUGUUAAAUGUUCAAAGGACAUGUGUUUAAAUACAUUCAAAUAUGAGAUAAACAAUAAACAUUUUUUACGAAUGUCACAAAUGUUUGAUGAAUAUAUUGUUAUAAUCUGUAAUUUUAUACAGUGUUACUUUAAAAAAAAUCUGUGUUAUAUUCAAUAAAUUGGGUUGUAAUUUAACUGGUUUGUUUUCUAUUGUUUGGUGAAAUAUGAACAUUUUCUUGGUUAUUUUAACCCAACGGCUGGGUUUGACCCAAUUGAAAAUAACUCGGAAUUGUUUAAAGUGAUACAUGACUUGCAUAAUGUUUGCAAGUGACUCAUGAAAGUAUAAAGUGUAAAAUAAUAAUUAUUUUUUUGUUUUAAUUAGUUGUUUUUUUUAAAGUGAUUAGUUUUUGUUGUUUGGUGCAGCAUGUCAGAGUUACUAAAAUACCUUGAGUUUUUAUAUUUUGUUGUAAUCCUUAAUGCCUGCUUGAGCAUAUACAUGUGGUUUUGUUAUACAUUAAAGGGAUAGUUCUCCCAAAAAUUAAAUGACAGAAUUUUCCUUUUUGGGUGAACUAUACAUAUACACUCCAACUUUAGGCAUAUAAACAUACAAACGGUGCUAAAUAGCACUAAAAGUGGUUCUUGGCUCGUAAUCAUAGAGGAGCCAUUUUAAGUGUAUUAUAGCACUUAUGAAGAACCAUAUGGAGGCCAUAUAGCACCACUAUAGCACCACACAUGGUUCUACAUAGCACCUUAUGGUUCUUCACAGGUGCUACACAGGUACUUCAUCAGUGCUAUUACUGUACAAUACUUAUAUUUAGCACUGUUUGUUUUUAGAGUGUAUUGAGCAGAUGGA